AUGGAGUUGUACGAACGAAGAGCUUUGCGCCAGAGGAAUGUUGAGGGAAUGGGCACGAUUACCAAACCUCAGGAUGCCAAAUCAAGAGAUAUUUCGUUAUCGCGCACUCAAGCAAGCCCAGAUCUGCCUAGUUCUAAAACAUCAACAACGGCAUGCACAACGCCCAUACUGACUACCGGGACAACGCCACCAUGCGGUUCUCCACCAGCGUGGGCAUCAAAUCGACCGGAACUUUGUGAUGCUCUGCCUUGGUUCCGUUCGCUGCAGGGUGGCUGCUACUUUCUUGAUGGUUACUGUUGGGGGUUUCUCGUCGAUGCUGACAGUGGAAGCCAGGCAUACUUGGACGAUGAAAUUAUUAUUACUCGAAUUGGAGGUGGGUGUGAAAAGAACAAAAAUGGCGAAUUGGUUCAGACAAAGCCGCAUACCGGGUCUGGAACCAUUUUUGAUGCUCUGAUGAAUUCCAUGAAGCACGAAAUACCAGUAGGCAUGAUCAUUGGCAACAAAAACUCUAUAUGUCCUACGAAGGUUCCCCAUCGGUACAAUGUGAUGGACCUUUUUCGAAUCACCAACAUCUGGUUUGAGAAAGUAGACAAGAUGCCGGCUGCUAGAAUACGGUUUGAGAAGCUGGAUCUAGAUAGCAAAAGCUGGUGGGCUCCGGAAAACUCAAAUGAUCCGAUUCCCAUACGUCAGCGUAUCUCUAUCGCGCCGAUCGAUGGCCCAACCUGCAAAUCGUGCUCGAGUACAAGCCCUCGGGUUUAUCAGGAGGGCUGGAUGUGUCUGCGGCCUUUCUGCAAUCAGUUCUGGCGGGUGAACGGGUCUUCGCCAUCGAAAACAUUGACCUACCACCCCCUAUUUCUCAGGAUGAGGACUCAACAGAAACAACCGGUUCGAGCUCCUUGUAGCCUGGUCCCGGAUCUACUUUCUACAUUUUUGAAAGAAGACACCGACCUCACAUCGGCACGUGUUACAUGGAAAGGAAUUGUGUGUCCCAAGUGCAGACGAUGCAUUUCCAGAAAGUACUGGAGAGGGUGGAUUUGCGAAACGGAAGGCUGUGACUUUAAGUACCAAUUCUCUAUGACUCGAGUAUCGCUGAGAUCCGUGCUUCCAGAGCUCGAGAUGGGCCCCGUUGGCCAUCGGCUCCCACGCAAAGGCAAAGGAAACAAAACAGCUCCAGUGGUUCAUUACAUGAAGAACUACAGGAAAGACAUGUUCCAGAUCCCUGGUGUGGGUCUAAUUACACAUUUUGCUGCGAAUAAUACAGUUAAUUAUCGCGAAAGAGGCCCAAAUGAUCUAUUUAAAAUGUUGCAAGAGGAGGAUCUUGGCCUACGACGGUAUCCCCUUCAGCAGAGCGUCGGCAUGUUGGCUGGAACUCUGACUUCACACUUUGCUGUUAACUAUGGAAUGCCAUAUAAAUACGUUGUGAGCGUCGAUUCUAGGCCUUUUAACACAGCUCCCUCCGUAAUUCUUGCUGCUCUCGGACGUCUUACUUGGGCUACCCAGAAGACUGUGAAUGAGGAUGAAUUUCAGAGACCUAAUGAGCUGUUAACCCUGGGAUAUUUUGAGGACAUGUCAAUCGGGUAUCAUGAUGACGGGGAGUCGUCUUUGGGACCAACAAUCGCCACCCUUUCUCUGGGUGGAAAAGCCACCAUGUCUAUCCGCAUGAAGGCCAAAUACUAUCAUGGGUGUAGCAGAGCAGGCAAACUUGUUGUAGAUGAUCCUGUGCUUCCUGGCUGUCUGAUGUACGAACAGAGAGUCGAGCUUCAACGGAAGCUAAAGGAUGGCGAGAUCUCUUUAUCUCACUAUGAGGACAGCCUCCAAAGACUCCUGAAACGAAAGGCGAAACGAAAACAUGAUGAAGAGCAGAUGGACGGAGUCAACAAAAAGGAAUCUUCUCCAUUCUGCGUACUACAGCUUAAUCAUGGCGAUAUGGUCGUGAUGCAUGGUCCUAAUUUGCAAAAGUAUUAUGAGCAUGCAGUCGUUCCUGAAGGUAAACUUCGCUUUGCGAUGACCGCAAGAUAUGUGAAACCGGAUCAAGUUGAUCCGUCGGAACACUGGAAGGGAGACUUUGUCCCGAAUCCUGAAUUCGAUUACGCCGGAGACGAAUAA